AUGGUUUCGUACGAAGUCUUGUAUGGACGUCCUUGCCGAGCAUCAAACUGUUGGGCCGAGGUAGGUGGGAAAUGUUUAAUUGGGCCAGAUGUUGUUCAAGAAGCUGCUGAAAAAGUUGAAAUUAUUCGAAAGCGACUACAAGCUGCCCAGAGUCGUCAAAAGAGCUAUGCCGACAAUCGAAGACGAGAUCUAAAGUUCACAGUAGGAGACCACGUGUUUUUGAAGGUUUCUCCCAUGAAGGGAUUGAUGCGAUUUGGUACUAAGGGAAAACUUGCACCACGUUUUAUCGGACUAUUCGAAAUAUUAGAGCGGAUUGGAGCAGUGGCAUAUCGACUUGCAUUACCUCCUCAGUUGGCCAAUGUCCAUAAUGUUUUCCAUGUAUCGAUGCUACGGAAGUACAAGAGGGAUGAUUCUCAUGUGAUUGAAUGGCAAGAUCUCGAUUUACAGGAAAAUACAUCUUACGUGGAGAAACCAGUUCGAAUACUGGAUCGCAAGGAGGACGUGUUACGCACUAAGACGGUGCAUUUAGUCAAGGUUUUAUGGAAUCAUCAUGAAAUAGACAAAGCAUUUUGGGAGCAGGAAAGAGAAAUUCGUGAAAAAUAUUCUCAUCUCUUUGAGCAGUAA